UUCAUUGGACAAAAAAUCCAACAUCUUCUUCGUUCAACUUAAACUGCGCCUUCCUCUACGUUGCAUUACAGAGUCUUCCAUUUGAUCUCCAAAAUUUCUAGGACCUUCAAUCCGAUCAGUCAUGGACGAGAUUGAGCUGAAAACAGCACCUGCUGACUUCCGAUUCCCUACUACAAAUCAAACUAGGCACUGUUUCACUCGUUACAUCGAGUUCCACAGGUGCCUGACAGUAAAGGGUGAGGAGUCUGGUGAAUGUGAAAGAUUUGCAAAGUACUAUCGUGCUCUUUGCCCUGGUGAAUGGGUCGACAAAUGGAAUGAGCAGAGGGAGAACGGUACUUUCCCUGGUCCUCUCUGAACUUGUUCAUCACCGGGAAAGCACAGAUUGUUAAUUUAUGUUUGUUCUCAAGUUUUAUCAAAAAACUGUUUGGGAGUUCCAUUAUUUUUCAUUGCCAUCUUCUCAGAGAAUAAUAAAGGAUAGCCAUUUUGUUUCGUGUCUUCUUGAGUAGUUAUAACUCAAUUGUUGAUUGUGGAUACGCUGAAUGGAUCCCAAAAUGCACCUUACCAUUUCUCUACCCUUUCUUGUCCAUUCGACUCCCGUUUGAUUUGUUUUCAAUCUUCUGUGUAAUUAGAUCUUUAAACCAACUUAAUUUGCUCCAUUUGUUGUUGACUUCUAAA